AUGCCGGGAAGGGGUCAGGGGUCAGCACUUCCAUGCGCCGCGCGCCCGGGCUCGCCGCAGACAAGGGGCGGCGGCGCCACCUGCCGGCGGAGCUGGGCCAAGCUUUCGUCCAUCCAUAUGACAAGACUUCAUGCAUCUACCAAAACCCCAUCUUCAGGCCACUUGAGGGGCUGCAAGGAAUUUCAAGAGGGCCAAGAUGUUAAAUGCCAUUGUCACACGAAGGCAUGCAAAAUAUCCUCACCAGAUGGCUCGGGAUCAACAAGUAGAUCAAACUCGAUCCAGGAAUUUUCAGAAUCCUUUGAGAAGCAACUGCAUUUCAAAAUCAAGCGCUCAGUUUCUCUGGAUGAAGAUUCGGAUCCAUGUGUUAUUUGUCAUGAUGAUCUUGAGACUGGCAGUAUAAUAGAACUUCACUGCAUGCACAGCUUUCACAAAGAGUGUAUCGAAAAGUGGCUGCUAAAGAAACCAACCUGCCCAACUUGUCGCAUCCAUGUGCUCAUGUCAAAGUCUAUUUUAGACCUUCAUCAACCAGGAUGAAAAGAGCUCAGAAGGACUCCAUAGAGGACUCAUUACAAAGCUCCAUUUCACUUAGAGAAGAGAAAACAAAAAAGAAUUGUCAUUCCUUAGAUCACAGGGUACAAGGUAGUUAUAACAAGUAUAGCUUUUUUUAAUGUUAGAAAUCAACUUUAAAGAUCAAAAAUGAAUUAAAUGAAAACCAACUAACACAUUCUGCCUGUGCGUGC